AUGGCAACAAGUGAAGAGAUAGUAGCACCUUCAUUAUCAACAUAUCAAGAUGAAUCUACCUUCAUCACUUUUGAUGAAAUUAAAUCAACCAAAAAGGAAAGACCUUAUCUCGGAUUACAGAACCCUGAUGACCCCGAAGAAUUAAAAUCAAAAAUAUAUGAAUAUUAUUCUCUAACUGAGCUUAUCAAAUUCUUAAAUCAGAAGCAAGAAGAUGGAGAAGUUAGAUAUAAGCGAAUAACCCUUCAGUUUCCAGACAGUUUGAUUCCUGAUUCAGCUACUAUUGUCUAUGAACUUCAACGGGAAUUACGACUUGAAGUAACCCCUUCAUCAUCAACACCAGUUGAAUCCAAUGAGUCAUGCGGAUGCGGAAAUCAGAGUCAAUGUGAUAAUAAAAGUAGCAGAGAAUCAGGACAAAGGUUGUGGAUAUUAGCAGACACAUCAUAUUCUUCUUGUUGUGUAGAUGAAGUUGCUGCCGAGCAUGUCCAUAGUGAUUUGGUUGUUCAUUUCGGUGAUGCUUGUUUGAAUGAUAUUGACAAAUUACCAGCGGUUUAUAUAUUAGGAAAACCCAAGGUUGAUCUAGACAAGUUGUUGGAACAAUUUAAGUCGAGAUAUGAGGAUAAACAAGGGAAGAUUGUUCUUAUGGCCGAUGCUCCACAUACUUGGAUCUUUCAUGAUUUGUAUAAUUGUUUAAAAGAUGAAUAUCCAAAUGUUGUAAUUGCAGAUCUAUACAUCAACCCAAACUCAAAAGCCAACAUAAUUGGCUAUACUCCAUCCACCACUACCACCUCCACUGGACUCCAAAAAUUCAACCGUCAAUUCCUGAUCGACAACAACGAAGUCGACUUCUCAGAAUAUGACCUCUUCCACAUUACCCAACCAGCCACACCACGUCUUCUCCAACUCACAACCACCUUCUCAUCUGUCACAAUAUUUCACCCAACCACCAACACCACCACCCAGGGACCCUAUCCGAACCUCAUGCGUCGAUACAAGUUCAUGCAUAUCGCUCGAUCAGCAGGCACAGUCGGACUCCUAGUCAACACCCUUUCGCUAACCCAUACCAAAACUCUAAUCCAAUCCAUUGCUCAAAAAGUGAAAUCAGCGGGGAAGAAACAUUAUGUAUUCGUGGUUGGAAAACCGAAUGUAGCAAAAUUGGCCAAUUUUGAAAGUGUGGAUAUUUGGUGUGUUGUAGGAUGUGAUCAAGGAGGGAUUGUUGUAGAUGAGACAAAUGAGUAUUUUAGACCGAUUGUCACGCCAUAUGAGUUGGUGUUGGCCUUGAGUGACGAAUUAACCUGGACUGGGAAGUGGAUUGUCGAUUAUAAGAGUGUAUUGGAGAAUUUACAGGAGGUUCAAGAGGAGGAAGGGGAUGAGGGUGAUGAAGGUGAUGAGGAUGAGGACGCUCCGCCGGAGUUUGAUGCUGUUACCGGAAGAAUGGUGAGUACUUCUAGACCAUUGAGACAGAUUAAUCAUUUAAUGAUAUCUGCAACUGAAGAAGAGGAAGAUGGCAAUAGUAAUACCAAGCAAUUGGUAGAGAAGUUUUCUAAUGUCGUUGCAAUUAAGAAUACUAUAUCUACUUCUGCUAUUCAUUUACAAAAUAGACACUGGAGUGGAUUAGGAAGUGAUUUUCAAGAGAACAAUAAUGAAAGCGAUGAGGAAGGUGAAGGUGAUGAGGGUACAUUGGUAGAAGAAGGUAGAGGUGGUAUAGCUAGAGGAUAUGACUUUGAUAGAGAUGUACAUCUGUAG